CUGUUCUUGUUCGCAUUUUGCAGAGGGUGUUCUGUUUCUGAAGUUAUCUUGGGUUGAUCGAGAGCAGGGGAAGGGAAGAUGACGGUGACUCCGCUGAUCACGGUGAGCGACGGCCGGCUGGCGGUGCGCGGCCGGACGGUGCUGACCGGCGUGCCGGACAACGUGUCGGCGGCGCACGCGGCCGGGGCGGGGCUCGUCGAGGGGGCAUUCGUCGGCGCCCACGCCGGCGAGGCCAAGAGCCACCACGUCUUCACCCUCGGCACGCUCCGGGGCUGCCGGUUCCUCUGCCUCUUCCGGUUCAAGCUGUGGUGGAUGACGCAGCGGAUGGGCGCCUCCGGCCGGGACGUCCCGCUCGAGACCCAGUUCAUGCUCGUCGAGGUGCCCCCCGCCUCCGGCGACGGCGACGACGACGCCGCCGGCGGUGACGGCAGCGAACCGGUGUACCUGGUGGUGCUGCCGCUGCUGGAGGGGCAGUUCCGGGCGGCGCUGCAGGGGAACGACCGCGACGAGCUGCAGUUCUGCAUCGAGAGCGGCGACAAGGCGGUGCGGACGGACCAGGGCGCGCACGCGGUGUACCUCCACGCCGGCGACAACCCCUUCGACACCGUCGCCGCCGCCGUGAAGGCCGUGGAGAAGCACCUGAACACGUUCCACCACCGGGAGAAGAAGAAGCUGCCGUCGUUCCUCGACUGGUUCGGCUGGUGCACCUGGGACGCCUUCUACACCGACGUCACCGCCGACGGCGUCAAGCGCGGCCUCCAGAGCCUGUCGGAGGGCGGCGCGCCGCCGCGGUUCCUCAUCAUCGACGACGGCUGGCAGCAGAUCGCCUCCGAGGACAAGCCCGACCCCGGCGUCACCGUCCAGGAGGGCGCGCAGUUCGCGAGCAGGCUGACGGGGAUCAAGGAGAACACCAAGUUCCAGGCCAAAUCCAACGACGACUCCGGCGACGGCGAGCCGGCGGCGGCGUCGGGCGGGCUGAAGCAGCUGGUCCGGGAGGCCAAGGACGCCAACGGCGUGAAGCAGGUGUACGUGUGGCACGCCAUGGCGGGGUACUGGGGCGGCGUGGCGCCGUCGCCGGGGACGGGGAUGGAGCGCUACGAGCCGUCGCUGGCGUACCCCGUCCAGUCCCCGGGCGUCACGGCGAACCAGCCGGACAUCGUCAUGGACUCCCUCUCCGUCCUCGGGCUCGGCCUCGUCCACCCCCGCCGCGUCCGCGACUUCUACGGUGAGCUCCACUCCUACCUGGCCUCCUGCGGCGUGGACGGCGUGAAGGUGGACGUGCAGAACAUCAUCGAGACGGUCGGCGCGGGCCACGGCGGCCGCGUCGCCAUCACCCGUGCCUACCACCGCGCGCUCGAGGCCUCCGUGUCCCGGAGCUUCCCCGACAACGGCUGCAUCUCCUGCAUGUGCCACAACACCGACAUGCUCUACAGCUCCCGCCAGACCGCCGUCGUGCGCGCCUCCGACGACUUCUACCCUCGCGACCCGGCCUCCCACACCGUCCACGUCGCCUCCGUCGCCUACAACUCCGUCUUCCUCGGCGAGUUCAUGCAGCCCGACUGGGACAUGUUCCAUAGCUUGCACCCGGCGGCGGAGUACCACGGAGCGGCGAGGGCGGUGGGCGGCGGGGCGAUCUACGUGAGCGACAAGCCGGGGAACCACAACUUCGGUGUGCUGAGGAAGCUGGUCCUCCCCGACGGCUCCGUUCUCCGGGCGAGGCUCCCCGGCAGGCCGACUCGCGACUGCCUCUUCUCCGACCCGGCGCGCGACGGCGCGAGCAUCCUCAAGGUCUGGAACGUGAACGCGUGCGGCGGCGUGGUGGGCGCCUUCAACUGCCAGGGCGCCGGGUGGUGCCGCGUCACCAAGCGCACGCGCGUGCACGACGCGGCCCCCGGGACGCUCACCGGCGCCGUGCGCGCCGCCGACGUCGACGCCAUCGCGCGCGUCGCCGGGAACGGCGGCGAGGGCGGCGAUGGAAGCGAGUGGGACGGCGAGGCGGCGGUGUACGCGCACCGUGCGCGGGAGCUGGUGCGGCUGCCCCGGGGCGCGGCGCUGCCGGUGACGCUGGGCCCGCUCGAGUACGAGGUGUUCCACGUGUGCCCGCUCCGGAGGGCGGCGCCGGGCGGCGCCGCGUUCGCGCCCGUCGGGCUUCUCGACAUGUUCAACGCCGGCGGCGCCGUCGAGGAGUGCGCGGUGAAGGCCGACGAUGCCGCAGGCACCGGCGCGACGGCCGUGGCGACGAUGAGGGUGCGCGGGUGCGGGCGGUUCGGCGCGUACUGCUCGCGGAGGCCGGCGAGGUGCGUGCUGGACGCGGCGGAGGUGGAGUUCGGCUACGACGCCGACACGGGGCUCGUCACCGUCGACCUGCCCGUGCCGGAGGAGGAGAUGUACCGGUGGACGCUGGAGAUCGUGGUGUAGGCCGAGGCGUGACGCCGGACGCUCGUCUGAUCGAUCGCCGCGGCUGAGCCAUUCUCAGCGGGCAGAGACGAUCAUCGCCAUUGGUGACGUGCGCGAGAGUUGUAUAAUUAGUGUGGGGAGACGGGAGAGUGGAGUAUGCUUUGCUAUGCUAGUAUCAGUAUGCUGUGUUCUUGUACCCUGUGACAUGAAUGUUGUAUUAUUAUACUACUGGGUAAUAAAGGAUGGUGCUCCUUCAAUAUGA